AGGUGAAAUCUUCUUGAGGUUUAAUGCUUUUUCGAAAGAAUGACUCUGAUGAUCUCUUUUCAAAAUUACAACGAUGAUAAUAAUAAUAAUGGUGAUAGUAAUCCCUCAAGAAGCACACGUGCUCUUAGCAUACAAAAAAAGGAAAGGCACUGUUUCCUUUUUUUUUUAUCACAGAAUCCAUGUGGAAGCAGCCCAUGUAAGAAAAAUUCUACUUGUCAAGCUGGGUUUACUUCAAAAGGAUACCGUUGUGUCUGUCAACAAGGACUCGGGGGAGAGAAUUGUGACCAAGUCAUUCUGCCUCAGAACUGUUCCCAAGCCCCAAGGAAAACAGGAGUCUACGAAAUUUCCAAUCAUGUAUCAGACUCAUUCCCAGUGUACUGCGACCAGACAAGUGAUGGAGGUGGUUGGACGAUGAUAUUCAAAUACAUUGGAGGAGAUUCUUCCUCUCCGACUGCUGACGCGUUAUGGAAUUCACCCGACACAUUAUCAGAAAAUAUUAUCGCUGCCUUAGAUACCACUUCAAUCUACCAGGGAAACUACAAAA